GAGAAAAUCAGGUGUGCACACUAUAUAUACCUCCCCUCUACCUGACCAGGUAUACCUGCACUCUACCUGACCAAAUAUACCAGUAAUUUACUUGGCCAAAUAUAUCUGUGUUUCCCCUGGCUAAAUAUUAUCUGGUCAACUGUAUCAAUUUUAGUUUGUUUGGAGACAAGCAAAAUGGACUUCCUGAGCCAGGACUUCCAAGAUGCUAUUGAUGUGAUUCAACGGCACUCUGACGACCCACACUUUGAGACAGAGUUUAAAUACUAUGAGACUCUGGGCAGUCAGUUGCCAUCUGUGCGGGCAGGUGUCCCCUGUUACCCCCUAACCCCUGUCCCGGAUGUGCCGGGCCCCAUGUACGACUGCAAUGAGCAAGCUGGCUGGGUCCACAAUGUUCCAGAAGUCCCUCUCACCCCAUCCACAUCCCCAGGUGUCCUGCAGGUCUGCUCCAUGUUCCCCCCACAGCGGAGUGGGAAAGGCCGCAAGAAACUGCGCCUUUACGAGUACCUGCACGAGGCCCUGCACGACGCCAACAUGGCCGACUCCAUCCAGUGGGCCGACCGCAGCAGCGGCACCUUCCACUUCGUCUCCAAGAACAAGGAGAAGCUGGCGGAGUGCUGGGGCACGCGCAAGGGCAACCGCAAGACCAUGACCUACCAGAAGAUGGCGCGGGCCCUCCGCAACUACAGCCGCACCGGCGAGAUCAUCAAGGUCCGCCGCAAGCUCACCUACCAGUUCAACCCCAUGAUCCUGCAGAGGCUGAGCCACACCCCCGGGCAGGCCCCGCGGGAGACGGUCUUCCACCAGUAUAUCCCUGCUGAGCAGAGUUUCUACAACACUACUACAGCUACUCCUGACUGGCACAACUGGUAUGGACACUUCCCCUGCCAUGGGGAGUAUGACCUCUCCUGUACCCUCUCACACCCCAGCGCUACAAAGGCCUGA